AUGGGGCAGGAAGCUACGGGCAAAGUUUCCAAGCUCCUGCCAGAUGUAGACCUUGCCUGGUACCAUCAUCUUCGAGACCAUUUACGCCCUAGUGAUUGGAUACAUAGUCUUCCCCAUGAGGCCACCCCCGACAUUAUUGCCUCUAUGAAAGCGUUUGCGGACGCGCUGCAGUCAAUUCUUUGCAACGAUACUGUGGCCCUGGAUGAGUGCCUGGCAUAUCUCUCUAUCGACACGAUUGGGGCAACUGUGCGACCAGAUGUCUUGGCCAUUGACUGGGUCUCGCCUCAUAAAUCACGUAUAAAGCUCUACGCAGGGACACCCGUGACCACAUUCAGGAGUGCCCUCUCCACGAUAACGCUGGGUGGACGGAUCCCAGUCGCUCAAUAUUCCAUCGAUGAUCUGUAG